GAAUGUUGGUUAGUAUAGCACAAUCCUUAGAGAUCGAAAGUGGUCGUACGUACAGCAUCGCAUGCCCACUUGUCAGCAGUAGCAACCGGUACCGGUAACAGCAGCGACCGAGGAAUUAAUUUCUCCUUCUGCCUAAGUUUUCAUCAGAUCAAUGCGCCAGUUCAAUAAUCGUGUCUGAAUUGUAUAAACUAAAUCAAAAUAUAAUGUUUUAAAAUUUAUAAGUAGCGCGAACUUUUUAAAUUAAAUUCAAUUCGAUUUGAUUUACUUUUUUUAUUAUACAUAAUCUUCUUCCAUGAAUUUUAAAAAAUAUUAAAUUCGAUUUACUUGUUGUUAUAAUUUUUAUAGAAUUUUAUAUAUUUUCUUAAACGUAAAUAUGAAUAUUCUGAAAAACACAAAAACCUUAAUUUUCUUAACAUUAUUUAUGUGCUUCUUUUCAAGUUACAGUCAGACAACUACUGCAAGAACACCUCAUAAAAUCAACGAACAACCUACAGGUGCUGUUGAUUUAAUGAAGCAGAAUAGCAUAACUCAGCAAAUAUUGGCUCAAUACUUGCAAAAACGUUUAAUUGGGACGGGGAGGAACGUUCAUCAUCAGUUAAUACCAAAUGUCGAUAUCCGAAAAUAUACUGAAAACCCCUACAAUGAACAACUAAACGAAGAGGAAUUAAUUGAAGACUCUCAACCCGUAUUUGAUCAAGGAGAAUGUAGCAGUAGUAACUGUGUAGAAUCAGACACUGUUUCAGCUAGUAAACUUUCAUUGCAACUUUUGCGAUCUGGCGACAAAAAAUUAUACUUGGGAAUAUUUUUCAAAGCUAAUUGGUACAAAGCAGCACAGUACUGCAGAUAUCAUGGAAUGCAUUUAGCCAGUAUAAGUAGCCAAGAAGAAAAUGACAAGUUGGAAAAGUACAUUAAAGAUUUCGGAAUGGGCCAUGAACAUUUCUGGACUUCAGGCACUGAUCAAGCAGAAGAAGGAACUUUCUUUUGGUUAGCUAAUGGUCGACCUAUUGGAUUUACUAACUGGAACGCAGGCGAGCCCAAUAAUUUCAAAUAUGAAAAUGGCGAAGAAGAGCAUUGUUUAGAACUUUGGAAUAGAGAUGGAAAAGGUUUGAAAUGGAAUGAUUCACCUUGUUCUUUCGAAACUUAUUUUGUUUGUGAAAUGUAAAUUCAAUAAGAUUAAAAUAUAUAAAUUUAAUUUAAUUAUUUUUGUUUAUACUAGUUUCGUAGUGAUUUAUAAUAAGAUAAUUAUUAUAACAAGUAAUAUAGCACAUUGUAAAUAACAUGUAUAGUCAUCAAACUUGAAUCUCAUUUCUCAAUUAGUAUUUUUUAUAAAUUUGUAUUUAAUCAUGUUCUUACCUUCAAUUGAUAAUAACUAAAUAAUUAAUUGAAAAUAAAUUCUACAACUUUAUUUGAGUAAAUAUUGUUGAAUAAUUAGUACUCUUAAAA